CACAACACAGGCAGCUAAUGAUACUGCCGGCUGAUACAAUAAUUAUUAAAAAAUAAAGAAGACAGUAUUUUAUCGCUACACGCGGGCUCGGAGGGAACACAUGAUGUUUGUUUUUAUUAUAUUCAGUGUUAUUUGAUGAAUGUCGGCGUUAUGAUCUAUUAGAUAUGCGCGGAUUUAUUGAGUCAGAGCUUUAAAUGAGGAUCAUGGCGUUUCAGGAGGGAGAAUCGCUCGAAUCCUGGCUCAAUAAAGCCACACACCCGACAAACCGACAGGAAGACUGGGAAUAUAUAAUCGGGUUUUGUGACCAGAUCAAUAAGGAGUUAGAAGGUCCUCAGAUAGCCGUGAGACUGCUCGUUCACAAAAUACAUUCACCACAAGAAUGGGAAGCCCUUCAAGCUCUGACGGUCCUAGAGGCUUGCAUGAAGAACUGCGGCCGGAGAUUUCACAAUGAAAUAGGCAAAUAUAGGUUUUUAAAUGAGUUGAUCAAAGUGGUUUCCCCCAAGUACAUGGGAGACAGCGUUUCAGAGAAGGUGAAGAAUAAGAUCUUCGAGAUGUUGUACAGUUGGACGGUAGCGUUUCCCAAUGAGGCCAAAAUAUCAGACGCUUACCAGACGCUCAAGAGACAAGGACUCAUAAUGUCAGAUCCAGAACUGACUGCAGAUAAAACUCUCGUUCCGUCUCCUCCCGCACGCCCCAAAAACCCUGUGUUUGACAACGAGGACAUGGGGAAGUUGUUGGCCGAACUUCUGAGGAGCAAAAACCCAGAAGAUCUUCAGGAGGCAAACCGACUCAUCAAAAACAUGGUGAAAGAGGAGGAUGCACGGGUACAGAAGAUGACCAAACGCAUCCACACACUGGAGGAGGUGGACAAUAACGUGAAGCUCCUGGGAGAGAUGUUGAGUCAUUACGACAGGGACCGGUCAUCAAACGCUGACCGCGAGCUCAUGAAGGAGCUGUACGAACGCUGUGAUAAACUCAGACGCACCGCUUUCAAACUGGCCACUGAAGCCGAGGACAACGACUCCAGUUUAGGUGAUAUUCUCAAGGCAAAUGAUGAUUUGUCAAGAGUAAUCGGCUCUUAUAAACGAAUCGUAGAAGGUCAGGCGGAUGACAACGAGGUUGAAGAUCCCAGACCAGCGACUGGUGAAGGAUGUGAGACCACAGGCACGCUGAUUGAUCUGGCUGGUCUGGAUGAACCUUCCUCUCCCACAACAGUCCCACCUCCUGCUCCUCCUCCGCAGGUCUCCUCCACCAAUCCUAUGGCCUCUUCCAUCCCUGUGCUGCCACCUCCUCCUCGCCGAUUGGGUGGCGGUCACGGCAGCCAAACAAGCAGCCCCAAUCACAAACCCCCGGAGCAGCAAACAUCCCUCUCACUUUUGGAUGAUGAACUCUUGUCUCUAGGACUGAAUGAUCCGCCCUCUGUGCCAAACAAAGCAAAGUUGGAUGAAUUAUCUGGUCAGUGGACCUCCUUACAGGCUUCUGAUCCAGGCCUGGACCUGUUUGGGAACAUCUCGGCACCAAGCUCUGUCUUUCCAAAAAAACACACACCCGCACAAACCUCACACACACCUGCUGUGAGUCAGGGUUUGCAGGAUCUCUCCAUGCUAGACUUCACCGGAGGAAAGAGUAGCAUCCCUGGUCUGAGCGGUAUCGCUGGAGGUAGUUUUGGUCUUUCUGGAUCUGUAAUGAGCUCCACAGUGGCCCCUCUGCAGCCCAUUAACCCUUUUGUGCGUGCUUCGGUGCCCGGCUCGCCCGCUGUGGCCCGGGCUCAGGCAGUGGCGGGUGGAUCGGCUCCAGGCAGCCCGUACUUUCAGCCCUUCUCUUCCCCAUCUCACUCACAUCAGAGCAGCCCAGCACGGAGCUUCGAGCCCAGCCUGUCCAACCUCCAUGUCCCCCUCGAAUCUAUCAGACCCAGUAAAGUGUUGCCCGUGACGGUUUACGAUAAAGAUGGAGUACGUGUUCUGAUGCACUUUGCGAUGGACUGUCCGCCGGGUCGACCUGAUGUCUUGGUCAUAGUGGUGUCUCUGCUCAACACAGCGCCGUUACGUGUGACGAAUAUAUUGCUACAGGCAGCCGUGCCCAAGUCUAUGCGGGUGAAGCUUCAGUCUCCAUCGGGUACAGAGAUUGCCCCCUUUAACCCCAUCCUGCCCCCCGCCUCCAUCACUCAGGUCAUGCUGCUCGCAAACCCACUGAAGGAGCGAGUGCGUUUGCGGUAUAAACUGACGUAUCUGUUGGGGGAUCGGCAGUACUCUGAGGUCGGAGAGCUCGAUCAGUUUCCUCCAGCGGACAGAUGGGGUUCCCUCUAGGAUCUUCCUCUGCUGAUCUACAUCUGCUCGGCACUGUUUACCUGCUUGAUCUCUAAACCGUUCAUGCCCAAGUAUUUUCAUUCAUCCGUCCUGUUGCUAUUUAUUUUGUAAUCAGUGUUGUAUCGUAGCAUCAUCCAUCAGUAUUGUCUGACAUGUUUGUGAAAACCCAAAGUAGAUAUUAGUACAGCAACGCAAAGUCUUCAGAUAACACACAUGACGGUCUGAACCGGACACGUUUUGGAGAUCUUUUGCGGGCCGUUGCUCCCGUAAUUCACCACGGUUACCACUAUCUCCGCAGAAAUGCCAUGUUUGCUGCAGCUGUUGUUACUACAGUCAAUCUGUGGCAACUUGAUAUUCUGCAGCACUCGUCAAACAAAUGUAAAGGACAGAAACAUUUAUUCUUACACCGUUUGAAAGAGAUAUUUAUUAUUUUACAGUUGUUACAAUAACUGGCACUAUUCGCAAGAAGCACGUUACUCUUUUAAAUCAAACGUAUUUCAUUUCGACCCAGUUCCCAAAGUUAUUUGAAGAAAAACAAUCAAAUAUAUUUGUUUUAUGUGAAGUAUUAUGGAUAACUACAAACUAGCUAAUCUAGACUGAGUGAUAGCUUAAUUUAACCCUUGUGCGACCUUCGGGACAUUUGUGUCUGUUUCAUUAUUUAGCUGUGUUAAUGCCAACAGUAUACAUUUUGCCAAAGGUGUGUAUUUUUGGGGUAAUUUUGAUUUUUCAACCUCAGUUCCUAUAAUACAUCUAUAACACACUGUGUACACAAAAUAGUUUCACUCGGGACCUUCAGGACAAAAAUGUCCCCAUUAAAACUGCAAUAUUUGAUUCCAGUGCCAUUAAAGCAUAAAAUCAUGAAUUCUAUGAUAUUAUGAUUUCAUUACGCAGCUUAAAAUUUUUAAUAUUUUCCACCAGAUGGCGCCAUUUUCCUCAUGUUUAGCCUGUGGAGCAAAUACAAGCUUUUCCCAUAUUCUCUGUUUACUGUAUUAUACAGACCUGCAGGACAACUGAAUACAUGGUGUGUGUGUGUGUGUGUGUGUGUGUGUGUGUGUGUGUGUGUGUGUGUGUAAAAACAACAGUGGCAUUGUAUAAACAAACUUGCAUUUAAAGGGUUAAAAUCCUGAAAAUGAAUGAAUAUUUGGUAGUUAUGAUCAGGACUCAUUAUAAGUGAAAAUAAUAUUAAUAUAUAAUAUUAUUAUGGCAGUUUUUUGACAUGGACAUUUUUGUCCUUUAAGGACCUCUGAGUAACAUUCUGCUAUAGAUAUAUAGGAUUAUAGGGUAUAGAGAUACAGCUCAUACAAUAUUUACUUGCAUUUUCAAAGGUUAAGCACCUUCCACUGAUACUUUUAAAACAUAUUAAUAUGUAUAAAAUUAAGAAGUUGGCUGACCUAUUUUCUUUUAAAGUUUAAGACCCUGUUUUGUACCUUAUUUGUUCAAAGUAACAACUGGAGUAACUGGUAUUUUUGCGGUAACUACGGUUACUGUGGUGAGGUCAGCAGCGAUGACCGUGAUGUGUCGCGUGACCUCGCCGCUGUCUGUGGAGUUUAAUUUGACAUUAUUUUGCACUAUUCUGACAGUUAAAGCUGUGCUCUUAAACUCAUGAAACCUCAGAGAGAAUGUACCUGCAGUGAAUGAGUCACACCGCACAAUGAUGCUUUUAGUGUUUUAUAGUUCAUCUGUGUCUGCGUUUAUUUAUUGCUGUGUUACUCAGCAGAUAUUUUUGAGGUCUCUGAUCGUGAAUGGCGUUUAUUGGCAAUAUUAGCUUUGCUUAUUUUAUUAUCUCACAUAUUUGCAUUUGCAUCGCUGCCUCAAGUUUAGCAGAAUUGGGUGAAUUUCACGAAACCUGUCAAAAACACUUCCAGGUCAUAUUUCACCAUAAAGCCAAAUAAAAUAAGAACUUCUAGGCAAUGAAGUAGAGGUAGACCGAUAUAUCGGUUUCACCGAUUGAUCGGUGCCGAUAGUUGCCUUUUUUAAUUAUUGUUAGAAAUCUGUGCCGAUAGUUUUUUCAUAAUUUCACAGCAAGAAUCCCCGAUGUGUUUCGGGCUUGUUGUUUAUACCUAAAGGUCCCACGUUAUGCUCCAAAUCGUCACUUGGUUUUUCGGAUUAUUUGGGGGAUUUUGGUUAAAAAUAAACUGCAUCUGAGAUUUUAUUCAUUUAGGACUCUUUGUCUGUGCCCAUCUUACUCAGAAAAGAAAUAUACGUUUAGUUUUUUUUGACUUUCUAAAAAUCGAUUUUAAAAACUUUUUUAGGUUUUCGGCCUUUCCGACCACCGUAGUUAUCGGUAUCGGCACGAUUCACCAUCGUUCGACCUUUACAAUGAAGCCUCCGUUAACAUUUAUUUCAUUGUGACUAAUUUAAUGUCAAUUAAACAAAUUUUCACCCAAAUCCUCAUUACUGUAAUGCCAAAAAAAGAGAAGAAAAAUACAAUUAUAUACGAUUUAAAUUGUAGUGUUUAUACAGCAUCGAUGCAUUUGUGCUGCCUUAAAUAUGUUGAAUUAAAAAGGAAAUCGUGUCUGGACCGGUUAGUUUGAAUGUCUAUAUUACAGGAAUGAGAAUCUAAAGGUAAUUACAACAAAUACUACCAUAAUUGCCAUUUAAAUGGUAUAUAUUUAUGUUGGCGUCAUAGCAACGAGAAACAUUUUUUUGCAUUACUGUGGAGUUUAGACGUCCUUGUGAUGAAAGUGGUCACAAAGCAAUGAAUCCAAUUAUGACUGGUCCUUAAAAUAGGCUUCAUUUACUACAUGCCGACUUUAGAUGAUGCAAUUGGAGAUAAAACAAUAAACCGUAUUGGUUGGUUGAGAUUUGAAGCAUAACGCUGAACACUUCACAUGAAUUAGAUUUAAAGCGAGAGGAGCUUAAAUGAAGGUUUCCUGAUGGAUUGGUGCCACAAACCUGCAUCAAAGCAUUUGGAGUAUUUCAGAAGAAACGAGUGAGCAAUCAGACUGUUCCAGCAUGACAUUGACGAUGAAAAUACACCGCUUUGAUCAUUUAAUGAGUUAUAUUGCACCAGUAAUGGGGGGUCACAUGAUUUCACUGAAGUCUCUUGUCCUCAGUGUUUGAUGGCCAAACCGAAUCCUUAUGUUACGCAGAAAUAGAUCAAAAGACAUCCAUGUUGAAUUCAAUUAGCAUAGAAAUAAACAAGAGUAAAGGACCAAUGCGUGUUGCUGUUUUGAGAAGGUAUUUCAUGCUGUAUGUUCUCAAGAUAAAAACAAAACGAUUAACUCGAUCUACAGGUUUGUACACCUCAACAACUCUUUGUAAAGAACUUUGCAGGGCCGAAUUUCAUUUUUACACGAUGAAUGUUUGAUUUCAUGCUGCUUCUGAACUCUUGAUGUGUCCUACUCAUUGCCUGAGUGUUUUGAAAGUUGACGGUGUAGAGUGCAGAUAUGUGUGUGUGUGUUUGACCUGGAUUUAUACAUGUUACUCAUGUCUGUACAGUAAACCGUCCACACCAUAAUGCAUGCAGAAUAAAAUAUUUAAGCAGAUCAUUGGGAAGUCUGUAUGUUAUUUGAGUCCCUGAAGUCCACUUAUAAUGUCGGUCAUAAUUUCGUUUUUCAUGAUCAUAUUCCACACCCUCACUGACCCUCACAACGUACAAUUGAACAGGCAGUUUUUGGUGCUGUACCUUUAAGACUUCUGUAUGCAAAUUAGCUCUGUGAUGACUGGCUGAAGUCUGCAUACGGGCGUAUCAGUUGCUGAAUAUGUGAAUGUGGGCUGUCAUGUGUUAAUGAGCUGACAAUCAUUGUGAUGUCAUAAUCAAAAAGAGUUCUUGUUUCAA